UUAGUUUUAGUACUGUUUUGCAAACCGACGAGUCAGGUUCUACUGCGUUGCCAGCAGGGCUGACUAGACCAGAUCGGUGUGAGUGAUAUACAGAUAUAGUAGUCCCACGAUCGCCGCGUGCUCGAGACAUCGCGUCUCCCGAUCCCAUUUCGAACCCAUCCGAUUCGAUCCUCCGCCCCGAAAAAGGGUUUUUCAAAAGCUGUUGCCCAGCUUGCGGCAAAUGUGAAUACUUUUGAAAGUGACUUAAUUGUUGACUUAGUUUUUUAUUCCUGGCAGAGUAUUGCCUUGGUCUAACGCAAAGACUGCUUGUAGAGGGCUACCAGGAGGAUUCAGGGUUGCAUAACCCUAGCCCCAAGAAAAACAAAGGACCGCAGCCAUGACGCGACCCAAGCAGGAUGAGAGCAAGUUCAAGGCCUUCAUGCAGGAGAACGUCCUCACCAUGGCCACCGUUAUUGGUGUCUUUGUGGGCGGACUCGUUGGCUUCAUCAUCAAGAACAGCACAGGGGAGUGGACGAAGCGUGAGAUCAUGUACAUAUCCUUCCCCGGAGAGAUCUUCUUGAGAAUGCUGAAGUGCUUGAUUGUGCCUUUGUUGGUGUCUUCGAUUACCAGUGCCAUUGGUGGCCUGGACUUGAGCAUGUCCAGCAAAAUUGCCACCAGAGCCAUCACAUAUUACUUUGUGACCACCAUUUCGGCCGUCAUUCUGGGCAUUUGUCUGGUGACCACACUGCGUCCCGGCCAGGGAGCCAAGAUCGUGGAAACCCAGACGGAGAGCAUUGACAAGGCCUCCAAGGUGCUCACUCCCGAUACCCUAAUGGAUCUGGUGCGAAACAUGUUCACGGACAACAUUAUUCAGUCAACCAUGUUCCAGCACCGCACUGAGAUCUAUGAGAACACCACCAUUAGCCCAGCACAGCCCAUGGAGAACUGGGAAUUCAAGUCGGCUCAACGCGAGGGCUCCAAUGUCUUGGGUUUGGUCAUGUUCAGUGUUAUUCUGGGUACCACCAUAGGCAGAAUGCGGGAAAAGGGUCAACUGCUCCAGGAUUUCUUUACCACCUUGAGCGAAGCUAUGAUGACUAUCACUUCCUGGGUGAUCUGGAUUUCUCCUCUUGGAGUGGGUUUCCUGAUUGCCGCCAAAAUUAUUGAAAUGGAAUCGAUAGCAGCAACAAUACAGUCUUUGGGAUGGUACUUCAUCACGGUCAUGAUCGGUCUUUUCCUGCAUGGUUUUGGCACCAUUGCUGUGAUUUUCUUCCUGGGAACUCGACGUCUGCCCUACCGCUUUAUUGCCAAACUGAGUCAGGUCUUGGCCACGGCAUUCGGUACUGGAUCCAGCUCGGCCACCAUGCCCCUGACCAUCAAAUGUCUGGACAGCAUGGGUAUCGAUCCGCGUGUCACUCGCUUCGUCAUUCCCGUCGGUGCCACCAUUAACAUGGACGGAACCGCACUCUACGAGGCCGUGGCUGCUCUCUUCAUUGCCCAGUACCGUGAGAUGAGCUACUCCUUUGGCACCAUUGUGGCCGUGAGCAUAACAGCCACCGCGGCAUCGAUCGGAGCUGCCGGAAUCCCCCAGGCUGGUCUGGUCACCAUGGUCAUGGUGUUGGACACGGUGGGUCUGGAGCCAAAGGAUGUAUCCCUCAUCAUAGCUGUGGAUUGGUUACUCGACCGCUUCCGUACCACCAUCAACGUGAUGUGUGACGCCUUGGGCACAAUUUUGGUUAAUCAUCUGUCAAAGAACGAUCUGGCCAGUGUGGACAGGAUUAAUGCCGAGCCCCAUGAGCUCCUCGAGCUGGGGGCCAAUGGCCACGAGAUGAAGGAAUGAAGGCAGUCUUCGCUUGGCGCCUAUAACCGCAAACGAUGAGUGGACAUGGCCCGACUGUGGGCAUGUUUCCACAUCCUCCCCAGCAACGACAGCGACAGCGAUGACUACGACGACGAUGAUGUGGAGUUUUAAGUGGGUCAUUGCUGAAGAGGUGACAGGCUGGGGUGGAUGCAUCACGUUUGUUUGCGGAUAAUUAUGGGUGACCAAGUCGCAUCUAAUUUCCAGAUUGAUUAAUUUGAAGCAGAUCCCUUGGGCACGGGGCCGGGGGACUGCCAGAGUACAAGUACUAAGCCAGCAACGAAUUUAAGUGACAUAUUCGUUAACUAGUUUGUUUUUCCCAAGAAUAAAUUAAAUCGAGACAGCAGCAAGCACAGAAUAUACAUAUGAUUUAAGAUCGAAAACAAAAGAACAUUUAUCGUCUAAAUUAGAGAUACUUUCAUGGUGUAAAUAAUUUUUAAAUAUAAUUAAAUUAUAUUGAGUUCAAAUUUGCAUUACAUUCUCCCAUAUGAUUAGUAUUAACAGCGAAACGACACAAAAGUUAAGUCAAAGCAAGCAAAGCCAAGAAAUCGCAUUUUUUAGGUCGCAAAUUGUUGAGAUCCAUGAGAUUCGUAACUAGUAUUUCUUUAAAGUUAUUCUAUAUACAGUGUUCAGACCUAGAAUCCAAACAUUUCAAAUCUGAAAAAAAAAACAAAAAGACGAAUAGGAAACUAGCAAUAGCCAAUAAAUGUCUAAUGCCAUACAAGCCAAAAGAAAAUUAAAUCGAAUCAGAAUCAGAAUUUCUAUUGCCGUUACAAGUUCGUGUUCAUAGUUGAGCUUUGUAAAUACUUAAUAGCUUAAGUAUACAUACAUAAAUCUUUAUGCAAAAUAUUUAUAUUUAAAGCGUGGAAAACAAAUUCUUGAAUGACAAUAAUAGAGCGCUGCAAUAAUCAGACAGCCAUUCAAUUUAUAUACGUAACACAUUAUUUAUUACAUUUAUGCAAAACAAAACAAAAACGAAAAAAACUAAAACUUAAAUUAGGUCAUAUUGGUAGAAAAAGCCAAACAUAAAAAUAUUUAAAUACAAAAGCCAUAAGAUUAUUAAAAUGUUUGCCAUGCUUUCUGCAAAAAUAAAGUUUGACGAAUAAGAACCGAAGAAUUGUUUAGGUUACGAAUCAUCUAAAAAUGUUUGUAGUUGUGUGUAGUCUAAAUAUAUGUUUACUAAUAAAUCUUUAUGAAUAUUACAAGA